AUGGAUUACAACAUUAGCAGACUUUGUCGGGUUUGCCUGGAAGAAGGAGUUUUCACGUCUAUCUUCAGCACCGAGCUGGUUGCGAUGGCUCCCGCAAACAUGUUGGUGAUGUGUGCGAACAUAAAGGUGUCCAAGAACGAUGGCCUUCCCAGUACCAUCUGCAAUAACUGUAUGUACCGGCUAGGUGUUGCAUUUCAUCUCAAACAACAGUGUGAAAAUUCCGAUAUGAGACUGCGCCAGUACAUCGGACUCAUGACCGGUGUGUACAGCAACGUGUUGGAUAAAGAAACGAUGACUGAAGAAUCGUGGCUUCUAGCAGGCACAGAGGAGAAGGGAGAUGGCCAGAAAAGUUCCAAAAAAAAAUACGGCAGUAGGAAACGAUACAAACCUAAACUUCCUGAAGAGCGGAAAAAACGAGGACCGAAACCGAUGCCCAAAAUUCCUCAGACGUGCUACCAAUGCCACAAAACCUUUAAAUGUGCUGCCCAGUUGCAAAUGCAUUUACGAACACAUUCUGGGGAGAAACCAUUUGCCUGCAAUUACUGCACUCGUCGGUUUGCCCAGAAACACAAUCUCUCAAUACACAUUCGGACGCAUACCGGAGAGCGACCGUAUCAGUGCGAAAUCUGCAGCAAACAGUUUUCGGCCCUGGGAAACUUUCAGGCGCACAAGAAAAUCCAUACCAACGAGCGCGACCACGUGUGCCCGUCCUGCAACAAAGGUUUCAUCACGUCCGGUGACCUCACGCGGCACAUGAUCUCCCAUUCGGGCAUCAAGAACUACCACUGUGAUAUCUGUGCCAAAAGCUUCAGCCGCAAUCGUGACAUGGUGGCGCACAAGCGUAAAAUUCAUCUCAAUGAUCGAUCCAACGAAAGCUAUAAAUGUCCCGAGUGCCACAAGGUGUUCGCCACGGUCGACACGCUCAACGGGCACAUGCGAAUCCACGGACCGGUGGUACCGUCCAGCUCAAUCGCGGUCGUUCCUCCGGGGGUCCUGCUGCCGCCCCACCAGCCCCAAAUACAAACGCCAAUCGCUCUAGCGCCCCAUGGAUUAGGCUCCAGUUCGCUUGGAGUAGGGCUGGGAAUGUUGCCACACCCAUCAUCACAUCCGACACAUCCGCCACCGCCUCCUCCACCACAACCUGCCUAUCAUCAUAGCCAGAUGCAUCCGGCACAGCGGUUGCACCCGUACUGAGCGGUUCCCAAUGGUCAGGAAAAUGUCAUCAGUUUCAUCACAACAAGCAUUACAUUCGGUGUAUUUUUUAUUUAUUUACGCAUUCAAAUAAACAUGAGUUUCCUUUUACUUUCA